AUGGGGACCCGUGGGCACGCAGCUGCGGCACACCUGCAGCCCCCACCUGAGCGCUCACCUGGCACGGAGCCGGGGCCACGUGCGCCAGAAAUGAUGCUGAGCGCCGUCCGAGCGGCCGCACUGGCUGUGCUCCUGCUGCUUCCGCCGACGGCCGCCGCACUCUGGGGCCCCUGGUCGGCGUGCCGCCGAUGCCAGCAGACCCGACGCCAGUUGUGCCCGCCGGGUUCCGAGUGCGGUCCACUGUGGCUCGAGGUGCGCGCAUGCCCCGACAAGCGAUGCCCUCAGCCGCGGCUCAGGGCCCGCUCUGCCAGGAGACCAUCGGAGAACAAGUUCCACGUGCUGCACCACUUGCAGGGUCUCGUCUACACCGACUGGUCUCGCUGGUCUCCCUGCAGCAGCGACUGCAAGACUAGACGCCAGCGGCUUUGCAAAAUGCCUCUGGUCUGCGGGAAAGCCGUCCUAAACGAGGACGCACUCUGCUACGUGCGUGGAAGCCCCUGCGAGAAGCGCUUCGCCUCAACUAUAGGAGGAAUUGACGAUGACCCCAAUCGGGUGGGCAGCUGCGGUGUGCCAAAAAGCCCGCAGAGGCCAGCUCUGCGCAUCAUCGGAGGGCAGCCCGCAGCCCGGGGACGGUGGCCGUGGCAGGUGGCGUUGCUCAACCGGCGGCGCGAGCCUUUCUGCGGCGGAACCUUGAUUUCUCCCGGAUGGGUGCUCACGGCGGCUCACUGCAUCCGCCGCCGGCUCCUGGUGCUGGCCGGAGAGCAUAGCCUGGGUCGAGAUGAGGGCUCCGAGGUCACUGUGCGAGUAGCCGAGGCCAUCGCGCACCCUGAAUAUGACCCCGAGACCGUGGACAUGGACUUGGCGCUCCUGCGCUUGCGCAGUGCCCUAACGCUUGGGCCCUACGUGCUGCCGGCCUGCUUGCCCCAACAAGGCGACGCCCCGCCGCGCGGGGAAAUCUUCACCAUACUCGGCUGGGGCAAACUCAGCAAGAGGCACGCCAACGGCUCUGACCUGCUGCACCAGGCGCAGGUGCCGCUGGUAUCCCAGUCUGAGUGUCGCAAUGUGUAUGCAGACUAUCUCAUCAGCGACAACAUGCUGUGUGCGGGAUACCGACGCGGCAGGAUCGAUUCGUGUGCUGGGGACAGUGGUGGACCACUCCUGGCUAGAGACGUCCACGGUCGCUGGACAGUUUAUGGCGUUACCAGCUUCGGCGAAGGCUGUGCACGUCAGGGACGCUUUGGAAUUUACGCGAAAGUUGCCAACGCGGCACGCUGGCUGCGCCGCACCAUGGCCGGCAGCCGCCCCUAGACUCAUCACCACCUAUACAUACCCGUGCUUCUAGUCUCAAAGCCGGCACGCGCCGGCCGUGUGUCACUCGUCUUAUUCAUAUGUAUACGCAAUUGCUUUUAUAUGCUUCUCAAAGAGGCCAUAGUCUUGCGUGCUCCUCUAUCACGUGCCACAGCAUGAUCCAAAUAAAUAUUCUAUAUACAUGGUGUAUACAGUCA